CAUGGCUUACUGUAGCCUCGACCUGCUGGCCUCAAGCGGUCUUUCUGUCCAGUCUCCUGAGUAGCUGGGACUACAGGCAUGCACCAUCACACCUGGCUAAUUUUUAAAUUUUUUUUGUGGAGAUGAGGUCUCACUGUUUUGCCUGAGCUGGUCUUGAACUCCUGAGCUCAAGCUAUCCUGUCGUCUCAGCCUCCCAAAGUGUGGGGAUUACAGGCAUGAGACGCAGUGCCCGCCCCCUUUUCCAGUUUUGGUAUCAGGGUGAUACUGGCCUCAUAGAAUGAGUUAGGGAGAAUUCCUUAUUCCUUGAUUUCUUAGAACAGUUUCAGGAGGAUUGGUAUUAGUUCUUUUUAGUUCGUUGUAUGUUUGAUAGAAUUUGGCUGUGAAUCCAUCUAGUCCUGAGCUUUCUUUGUUGGGAGAUUUUUUUAAAUUACUGAUUGAGCCUUGCUACUUGUUAUUGAUGUGUUCAGGUUUUCUAUUUCUUCUUGGUUCAACCUUGAGUGGUUGUAUGUUUCUAGGAAUGUAUCCAUUUCCUCUAGGUUUUCUAGUUUGUGAGCAUAAUUGCUGUUCAUAAUAGUUUUUGAUGAUCGUUUGUAUUUCUGUGGUAUCAGUUGUAAUGUCUCCUUUUUCAUAUCUGAUUUUGUUUAUUUGGGUCUUCUCUCUUUUCUUUGUUACAACCUCUAUGGAAAACUGUGUGGAGAUUUCUUAAAGAAGUAAAAAUGGAACUACCAUUUGACCUAGGAAUCUACUCAAAGGAAAAGAAAUCCACUUAUCAAAAAGAUAUCUGCUCUUGUAUGUUUGUUGCAGCACUAUUCACAGUAGCAAAGAUAUGGAAUCAACCUAAGUGUCCAUCAGUGGAGGAAUAGACAAAGACAAUGUGGUAUAUUUGGAAUGGAAGACUAUUCAUGGAAUACUAUUCAGCCAUAAGAAAGAAUGAAAUUAUAUCUUUUGCAGCAAUGUGGAUGGAACUGGAGGACAUUAUCUUAAGUGAAACAAACCAAGCACAGAAAGUUGAAUAUUGCAUGUUCUCGCUCAUAAGUGGGUGCUAAAAAUUUGUACACAUGGGUGUAGAGAGUGGAAGGAUAGACAAUGGAGACUCAGAAGGGUGACAGAGUGGGAGCAGGUGAAUGACGAUAAAUUAGUUAAUGGGUACAGUGUGUGUUAUUUGGGUGAUAAAUAUACGAAAAGCCGACUUGACCACUACACUAUCUAUGCAGAUAACAAAAUUGCAUAUGAUACCCCAUAAAUUUAUACAAAUAAUAAUAAUAGAGUUGAGCCAUGGGAUCAGCCAGUAUUCAAGAAUUAGCCAGGAAAUCAAGAAUUUUGGUUGGUCUAGCAAGUCAGUUAGGCAGAGUUCAAUUAAGCCAGCAUCUAUGGUAAUUAUAGUUUUGGGAGUUGAUGAGGUCAUUGAGGGAGGGAAGAGGGUCAAAGUCCAGAAUCUGAGGAACACCACCAAUUAAGGGACGGACAGAGGCCGACAAACCAGCCACCAAGGCGAACUAGUUAGAAACAAGCUUUUCAGUAGCCUCAGUUUUCAGAUUUUGAGGACUUUGAAUUUGAUCUUUAUAUUUAGCCUUUGGCAAGCUUCCAGCAGCAGCAUUGUUUAACCUAGCUUCUCUCAAAUUUAUUUUGCUAUUGAAGCCUUUUUUUUUACUUAACUGUAGUUUAUAUUCUGCAUCCUAUAAAACAAGUAGGAACAUACUUUGGGAAACACUGCUGUAUACAGGCAGAAAGGAGCAACAGAAGGAAUUUAUAGAGUAGUCAUAUGAUUAGCUUUUAGUUUAAAAGGUGCUUUUGUUAGUCCUGAACAGACAAGAUUCCAGAGAGGGGUGACAGGAUGUUUGGGAGACCAACUAGAUGCCCUGUGAUAAUCCAGGAGAAAGUUGAUGGGGGUCUGAAUUUAGGCAGUGCCGGUGGAGUGGAAAAAGGACAGUUCAUUAUAUGUUUUGGGAGAAGUGACAUGAUUUGGUAGCUAGAUAUGAGAGGUAAGGAAGGAGGAGUCUAAGAUGACUCUGGUUUCUGUUUGGGUGACUAGGGGGAUGAGUUGUACAGCCACUAUGCAGAUUAGGGAAUAGAGGAGGUCGUGCAAGUUUGGAGGGAAGGUGAUGAAUUCAGUUUUGGACAUGUAGUAUGUAGGUGUAUGUGCUUAGCAAGUGUUUAGUCACGCAGAUUUGGAGCUUGGGAGAAAGGGUGGUGUUGAAGAGGGCUUUAGAAGUAAUUCAUAGUUAAAAUCACAGGUUGAGGUGACAUCACCUAUGGAAGUGUAAGAAAUUAGAGGGAGGUCAAGGAUAGAAUUCUGAUUUAGACAGAAAGGGGUGAUAAUCUUGAAACUAUUAAUCAUUUAUUAGAUAUCUGUUAGACACUGUUUUAAGCAUGUUACAGAUGUUAUUUCAGAUUAAACCUCGUGAAGGUAUGUCUCCAUCUUACAAAUGAAUGAUUUGAAGCUUAAAGGAUAAGUCUUUAGCCUCCUUGGUCAUACAUCUGUCUUAUUAAGAUCUAGGCUUUUCUCACAUUGCUACAUUGCCUUUUGCAAAGAAGUAAUAGUUAAAGAAGUAGUAAGAGAACAAAGAGACUGGAACUGUGGUACCCAGGAUGAGAGUCAUUGAAGGAGUUGUUAGCUCUGUGUGGCGCUACUGAGAGGUUAAGAAAGGACGGAGUACCCUUUGGUACCCUUGGGAUCAAGUCAGUGUGAGCGUCAUUGAUGAUGGCACAGCCUUGUGUUGGAAUUUGUUUGCUGUGGACUGGAGCCAGCAUAGUUGAUUGAUUUAUAUACCACCUCCCCAGGUUGUGUUUUCAUUGAAUGACUAAAGAUGCCCAGAAAAGAAGGAAAAAGCAAUAACCUUUUACAAAUUAAAUAAUGUUAAAUACUCAGUAAGAAUUUUAUGAAAACUUUCCUUCAUGAUCUAAUAAUUUAAAUGUACUAGUGGGAACUACAUUUGGGAAGAUGAUGUCGUUCUGCCAGUUAGCUAUUGCUGCUUAGACAGGAAAGGGAGGGGAAGAUCUUAUUUGUGGACCACAUCACUGCAGAGCUCUCGUAACCCGCUGCUCUGCUGACAGAAGCUGAGUCAGAGAAGAGAUGCAGACUGCGCUAUAGGCAGUCAUGGCCCAGUUCAGGAUUUUAGACUGCAUGAUCAACCACAAUUGGAGUUUGUUGUGCAAUCUGUAUUGUGCAUGGAGUGGUCAGGUCUCAAAAAAUAAAGAUGGAAAAGAACAAAGUGAAACUGUAUCACUGUCUGAAGAUGAAACAUUCUCCUGGCCAGGUCCCAAAACAGUUACGUUGAAAAGAACAUCUCAAGGCUUUGGUUUUACAUUAAGACAUUUUAUUGUGUAUCCCCCAGAGUCUGCAAUUCAAUUUUCAUAUAAGGAUGAAGAAAAUGGAAACAGAGGAGGAAAACAAAGAAACCGCUUGGAACCAAUGGAUACCAUAUUUGUUAAGCAAGUUAAAGAAGGAGGACCUGCUUUUGAAGCUGGAUUAUGUACAGGUGACCGAAUUAUAAAAGUCAAUGGAGAAAGUGUUAUUGGCAAAACCUAUUCCCAAGUAAUUGCUUUAAUUCAAAACAGUGAUACAACAUUGGAACUUAGUGUUAUGCCAAAAGAUGAAGACAUUCUCCAAGUGCUACAGUUUACAAAGGAUGUCACAGCACUGGCAUAUUCUCAAGAUGCCUACCUGAAAGGCAACGAAGCUUAUAGCGGCAAUGCCCGCAAUAUACCUGAACCUCCACCAAUCUGCUAUCCCUGGCUGCCAUCUGCCCCAUCAGCCAUGGCACAGCCAGUUGAAAUAUCUCCUCCUGACUCAUCAUUGAGCAAACAGCAAACUAGUACACCAGUACUGACACAACCUGGUAGGGCCUAUAGAAUGGAAAUACAAGUGCCUCCAUCACCAACAGAUGUUGCAAAAUCAAACACAGCAGUGUGUGUUUGCAAUGAAAGUGUAAGGACUGUCAUUGUGCCUUCUGAGAAGGUUGUAGAUUUGUUAUCCAAUAGAAACAACCAUACAGGUCCUUCACAUAGAACUGAAGAAGUGAGGUAUGGCGUGAAUGAGCAGACCUCUUUAAAAACAGUGUCAAGAACCACAUCACCACCAUUAUCAAUUCCCACCACUCAUCUAAUUCAUCAGCCUGCAGGCUCCAGAUCAUUGGAACCUUCUGGAAUUUUACUUAAAUCUGGAAAUUACAGUGGACAUUCUGAUGGAAUCUCAAGCAGCAGAUCUCAAGCUGUGGAGGCUCCCUCUGUAUCUGUUAAUCACUAUUCGCCAAAUUCCCAUCAGCACAUAGACUGGAAAAACUAUAAAACUUACAAAGAGUAUAUUGAUAACAGACGAUUGCACAUAGGUUGUCGGACAAUACAAGAAAGAUUAGAUAGUUUAAGAGCAGCGUCUCAAAGCACGACAGAUUAUAACCAGGUCGUCCCCAACCGCACUACUUUGCAGGGACGACGUCGAAGCACCUCUCAUGAUCGAGUGCCCCAGUCUGUCCAGAUACGGCAACGCAGUGUGUCCCAAGAAAGACUGGAAGAUUCUGUGCUAAUGAAGUAUUGUCCAAGAAGUGCAUCUCAAGGAGCACUGACGUCUCCAUCUGUUAGUUUUAGUAAUCAUAGAACUCGUUCAUGGGAUUAUAUUGAGGGACAGGAUGAAACCUUAGAAAAUGUCAAUUCUGGAACUCCAAUACCUGAUUCCAAUGGAGAGAAAAAACAGACUUACAAGUGGAGUGGGUUUACUGAACAGGAUGAUAGACGAGGUAUUUAUGAAAGACCUAGGCAGCAAGAAAUUCAUAAAUCUUUUCGAGGUUCCAAUUUUACUGUGGCUCCAAGCGUUGUUAAUUCUGAUAACAGGCGAAUGAGUGGUAGAGGAGUGGGAUCUGUGUCGCAGUUUAAAAAAAUUCCACCAGAUCUAAAAACACUGCAGUCAAACAGAAAUUUUCAGACUACUUGUGGAAUGUCAGUGCCUCGGGGUAUUUCACAAGACAGGUCACCUCUUGUGAAAGUCCGAAGUAAUUCUCUGAAAGCUCCUUCCACGCAUGUCACAAAACCAUCAUUUAGCCAGAAAUCAUUUGUUUCUAUCAAAGACCAAAGACCAGUAAAUCACUUGCAUCAGAACAGUCUGUUGAAUCAGCAGACAUGGGUAAGGACUGACAGUGCCCCCGAUCAGCAAGUGGAGACUGGGAAAUCCCCCUCUUUAUCUGGAGCCUCUGCCAAGCCUGCCCCUCAGUCGAGUGAAAACACUGGUAGUUCAGAUUUAGAACUACCUGUCAGUCAAAGGAAUCAAGAUUUAAGUUUACAAGAGGCUGAAAUUGAGCAAUCAGAUACUUUAGAUAAUAAAGAAGCUGUCAUCCUAAGGGAAAAACCUCCAUCUGGACGCCAGACACCGCAGCCUUUAAGGCAUCAGUCUUACAUCUUGGCAGUAAAUGACCAGGAGACUGGGUCAGACACUACCUGCUGGCUGCCCAAUGAUGCACGUCGAGAGGUCCACAUAAAAAGAAUGGAGGAAAGAAAAGCCUCGAGUACCAGUCCGCCUGGCGAUUCUUUGGCUUCCAUCCCAUUUAUAGAUGAACCAACUAGCCCUAGCAUUGAUCAUGAUAUUGCACAUAUCCCUGCUUCUGCUGUUAUAUCAGCCUCUACCUCUCAGGUCCCCUCCAUAGCAACAGUUCCUCCUAGCCUCACAACUUCAGCUCCAUUAAUUCGCCGUCAGCUCUCACAUGACCACGAAUCUGUUGGCCCUCCUAGCCUGGAUGCUCAGCCCAACUCAAAGACAGAAAGAUCAAAAUCAUAUGAUGAGGGUCUGGAUGAUUACAGAGAAGAUGCAAAAUUGUCCUUUAAGCACGUAUCUAGUCUGAAGGGAAUCAAGAUCGCAGACAGCCAGAAGUCAUCAGAAGACUCUGGGUCCAGAAAAGAUUCUUCCUCAGAGGUCUUCAGUGAUGCUGCCAAGGAAGGGUGGCUCCAUUUCCGACCCCUUGUCACCGAUAAGGGCAAGCGAGUUGGUGGAAGUAUUCGGCCAUGGAAACAGAUGUACGUUGUCCUUCGGGGUCAUUCACUUUACCUGUACAAAGAUAAAAGAGAGCAGACGACUCCGUCUGAGGAAGAGCAGCCCAUCAGUGUUAAUGCUUGCUUGAUAGACAUCUCUUACAGUGAGACCAAGAGGAAAAAUGUGUUUCGACUCACCACGUCCGACUGUGAAUGCCUGUUUCAGGCUGAAGACAGAGAUGAUAUGUUAGCUUGGAUCAAGACGAUCCAGGAGAGCAGCAACCUAAACGAAGAGGACACUGGAGUCACUAACAGGGAUCUAAUUAGUCGAAGAAUAAAAGAAUACAACAAUCUGAUGAGCAAAGCAGAACAGUUGCCAAAAACACCUCGCCAGAGUCUCAGCAUCAGGCAAACUUUGCUUGGUGCUAAAUCAGAGCCAAAGACUCAAAGCCCACACUCUCCGAAGGAAGAGUCGGAAAGGAAACUUCUCAGUAAAGAUGAUACCAGUCCCCCAAAAGACAAAGGCACAUGGAGAAAAGGCAUUCCAAGUAUCAUGAGAAAGACAUUUGAGAAAAAGCCAACUGCUACAGGAACUUUUGGCGUCCGACUAGAUGACUGCCCACCAGCUCAUACUAAUCGGUAUAUUCCAUUAAUAGUUGACAUAUGUUGCAAAUUAGUUGAAGAAAGAGGUCUUGAAUAUACAGGUAUUUAUAGAGUUCCUGGAAAUAAUGCAGCCAUCUCAAGUAUGCAAGAAGAACUCAACAAGGGAAUGGCUGAUAUUGAUAUACAAGAUGAUAAAUGGCGAGAUUUGAAUGUGAUAAGCAGUUUACUAAAAUCCUUCUUCAGAAAACUCCCUGAGCCUCUCUUCACAAAUGAUAAAUAUGCUGAUUUUAUUGAAGCCAAUCGUAAAGAAGAUCCUCUAGAUCGUCUGAAAACAUUAAAAAGACUAAUUCACGAUUUGCCUGAACAUCAUUAUGAAACACUUAAGUUCCUUUCAGCUCAUCUGAAGACAGUGGCAGAAAAUUCAGAAAAAAAUAAGAUGGAACCAAGAAACCUAGCAAUAGUGUUUGGUCCCACCCUUGUUCGAACAUCAGAAGACAACAUGACCCACAUGGUCACCCACAUGCCUGACCAGUACAAGAUUGUAGAAACGCUCAUCCAGCACCAUGACUGGUUUUUCACAGAAGAAGGUGCUGAAGAGCCUCUUACAACAGUGCAGGAGGAAAGCACAGUAGACUCCCAGCCAGUGCCAAACAUAGAUCAUUUACUCACCAACAUUGGAAGGACAGGAGUCUCCCCAGGAGAUGUAUCAGAUUCAGCUACUAGUGACUCAACAAAAUCUAAGGGUUCUUGGGGAUCUGGAAAGGACCAGUAUAGCAGGGAACUGCUUGUGUCCUCCAUCUUUGCAGCUGCUAGUCGCAAGAGGAAGAAGCCGAAAGAAAAAGCACAGCCUAGCAGCUCAGAAGAUGAACUGGACAAUGUAUUUUUUAAGAAAGAAAAUGUGGAACAGUGUCACAAUGAUACUAAAGAGGAGUCCAAAAAAGAAAGUGAGACACUGGGCAGAAAACAGAAGAUCAUCAUUGCCAAAGAAAACAGCACUAGGAAAGACCCCAGCACGACAAAAGAUGAAAAGAUAUCACUAGGAAAAGAGAGCACGCCUUCCGAAGAACCCUCACCACCACACAACUCAAAACACAACAAGUCACCAACUCUCAGCUGUCGCUUUGCCAUCCUGAAAGAGAGCCCCAGGUCACUUCUGGCACAGAAGUCCUCCCACCUUGAAGAGACAGGCUCUGACUCUGGCACUUUGCUCAGCACGUCUUCCCAGGCCUCCCUGGCAAGGUUUUCCAUGAAGAAAUCAACCAGUCCAGAAACGAAACAUAGUGAGUUUUUGGCCAACGUCAGCACCAUCACCUCAGAUUAUUCCACCACAUCGUCUGCUACAUACUUGACUAGCCUGGACUCCAGUCGACUGAGCCCUGAGGUGCAAUCCGUGGCAGAGAGCAAGGGGGACGAGGCAGAUGACGAGAGAAGCGAACUCAUCAGCGAAGGGCGGCCUGUGGAAACCGACAGCGAGAGCGAGUUUCCCGUGUUCCCCACAGCCUUGACUUCAGAGAGGCUUUUCCGAGGAAAACUGCAAGAAGUGACUAAGAGCAGCCGGAGAAAUUCUGAAGGAAGUGAAUUAAGUUGCACCGAGGGAAGUUUAACAUCAAGUUUAGAUAGCCGGAGACAGCUCUUCAGUUCCCAUAAACUCAUCGAAUGUGAUACUCUUUCCAGGAAAAAAUCAGCUAGAUUCAAGUCAGAUAGUGGAAGUCUAGGAGAUGCCAAGAAUGAGAAAGAAGCACCUUCGUUAACUAAAGUGUUUGAUGUUAUGAAAAAAGGAAAGUCAACUGGGAGUUUACUGACACCCACCAGAGGCGAAUCCGAAAAACAGGAACCCACAUGGAAAACGAAAAUAGCAGAUCGGUUAAAACUGAGACCCAGAGCCCCUGCGGAUGACAUGUUUGGAGUAGGGAAUCACAAAGUGAAUGCCGAGACUGCUAAAAGGAAAAGCAUCCGGCGCAGACAUACACUAGGAGGGCACAGAGAUGCUACUGAAAUCAGCGUUUUGAAUUUUUGGAAAGUGCAUGAGCAGAGCGGGGAGAGAGAAUCUGAACUUUCAGCUGUAAACCGGUUAAAACCAAAAUGCUCAGCCCAGGACCUUUCCAUCUCAGACUGGCUGGCCAGGGAACGCCUACGCACCAGUACCUCUGACCUUAGCAGAGGAGAAAUCGGAGAUCCCCAGACAGAGAACCCAAGAACACGAGAAAUAGCCACGACCAACACACCUUUGUCUCUUCAUUGCAACACAGGCAGUUCUUCCAGCACCUUGGCUUCAACAAACAGGCCCCUUCUUUCCAUACCACCACAGUCACCUGACCAAAUAAACGGAGAAAGCUUCCAGAACGUGAGCAAAAAUGCUAGUUCUGCAGCGAAUGCCCAACCUCAUAAACUGUCUGAAACCCCAGGCAGUAAAGCAGAGUUUCAUCCCUGUCUUUAAACUGGGGGUAUGUCCACUCUAGCAAGUAAAAAAACUACUGUUACACGUUCCAGUAACUCUGUCAAUAUUUUCUUGUAUCAGAAUUGUUAUUAUGCAGCCUUCAUUUGGGCUGGUUUCAUCAUUUUGCACUGUGAAAUAGCUUUACAGUGCAUUACUACAGCCAGAAGAACAUAUAUAUAUAUAUAUAUAUUUAAAAAUAUAUCGGAUAGUUGUAUACAAAUGAGCAAGGUAUUUGUUGCAACUUACUACAUAGCAUAUACCCAAAAUCACUGAAGAAAAUCGCUGGCAUCAGUGUGCAGCAAAUUUGUUCUUUUGGUUUCAUCACUAACAAAAGUGCCUCAUCAUAAAAAUACAGUUGGUUUUUAGGGUGCCAUAUUGUUAAAAUUAGAUAACUUACAUUGAAUAAACGAAUGCGUUUUAUUGGUAACAGAUUUCAUUACAUUUACCAGUUUUAACACAGGUGGAUACAGAACUUCCAUUCUUUAGUCAUUCCAGGUGGAUCUGAGUUUUAUAUUCAAACUUUUAAUACAGUUUUUGAGUUUUGUGUGACUUGAAUUUUUAAUCUUUCUGUAAAAUACGUAACUUAAAUGAACAUAUUAAAUGUGUAUCUUUUCUUCAGAUACCAGAUUUGAUAUAAUGUUGUAACAUAGGUGUGUAGAUAGUGGAUCCUGGAUGGAACUGGCUUCUUUAUCGAGAAGAAUAUAAUUCUGCAUGAGGACUUAAUGAAUCCAAACCUGUGUCAUGCCUGUGUGCAUACCCAAUUAAACACUGGAAAUAAAAAUUGUUUUGGUGAA